AUGACGGAUUUGAGUUCACUAACAAAAGCAAUGCCUCAUUUAUCCCUAUGGGAGAGAUGGAUAAACUCUCCUCAAAAAUUUAUAAAGAAAACAAAUUAUCAAACGAAACGCAUCAACAUUUGUUGCAAACUUUCCCACGCAACACUCUCAUCAAAUUCUCACAACCACCUAUGGACAAGGAACUGGCUAGACAAAUGCGUAAAGAAGCAAAAGAUGUGGACAAGACCUUGCAAUGCGUAUCUUAUCGCACCUCUUCAAUCCUUAGACCACUCGACAAUGCAAUUCGCACAAUAUAUCAAACAAAACCUGAUCCACAAAAUGAACAAGCUACAGAAACAUGGGAGUACAUGGAACUAUCAUUACUCGCAACAAGAACACUAUUCCUGGAUUCACUAUUAUACAUUAGUGAACAAUGUGAGAAAAAUGCUAUCAAGUGCUUAUACCCCACUUAUCAACUGAAAUCGGAAGUUGAACCCCUCUUCACUGAUAAACUUAAAGAUGUUAUUAAAAACAAAAAUGAAGAGGCAAAAUUUUUCAAUGAUGCCUUAUGGCAGAACAAACAUGCACAAUCCUUCCAAAAAUGA